AUGGGGGUGGAUUGGACCCAACUCCCACCAGAACUGGUAGAAUCAAUCGCGAAAAAGCUCACAAUUUACGCGGACUAUCUCCGAUUCCGAGUGGUGUGCCACAGCUGGCUAGCCUGUGUCCCCAAAACUCCGCAGCACCUCCCUCCUCAGCUCCCCUGGCUGAUGCUCCCCCAAUCCCAGCCCAACCAAACACACCGCGCCUUCUUCAACCUCUCCAACAGCAGAGUCCACUUCCUCCACCUUCCAGAAGCUUCUCAUCGCAAGCGCCGUUGCGGCUCCUCUCACGGCUGGCUCGUCAUCCUCGACGAAACCCCCACCGUCCUUCUCAUUAACCCUCUCACACGUGCCAAGCGCCACCUCCCUCCACUCUCCGCCUUCCCCAACGUUGUUCGCUUCGACUAUUCCGAAGUCGGCCGCGAGUACGCGCUCCAAUCCUCGUCCGGAGAUGUCUACACGCGCAGCUUGGCCCAAAUGCGCGAUUCAUUUCUGAAAAAGGUCGUCCUCUCUUCGAGUCCUCUGGAAGCUAGCGGUUUUACUGCCCUAGCGAUUCUCAGUCAAACCGGUGACUUGGCAUAUUGCAGAGACGGAGACCAGUCUUGGACUUUCAUCGACGGCGCCCGAUCUUUUUCCGAGGACGUCAUAUCCGUGAACGGCUUGUUUUACGCCGUGGACAGUAAGGGUGUGGUCGCGGUGUGUGACGUUGAGGGUCCGUCAGCCCCAAGGGUUGCGAUUAUCCCAACGCCGAGGCUAGAUGAUGCCGCUGAUAUGCGAUAUUUGGUGAAUUUGAGGGCCGAUCUGCUGCUGGUGAGUCGGUAUUUGGAGAUUGAACGGUGGGAUAAUACAAAUGUGAAUUACAGAACCACGGGAUUUGACGUUUUCAGGAUGAAUUGGGUAGGGGCGAGGUGGGAGAAGGUUGAGAACUUGGGCGAGAGGAUGGUGUUUAUCGGUGAAAACUCGUCGUUUUCAUUGUCUGCGUCAGAUUUUCCGGGAAGUGUGGGAAAUUGCAUUUAUUUCACAGACGAUUACUCGGAAUCCAACUAUGAGAGCGGACUUGGGGGAUACGAUUCGGGGAUUUUCAGAAUAUGGGAUGGAACAAUUCAAGAAUUGCCUCCGUAUCCCAGGAAUUCGAAUUAUGAGGUGCAUUGGCCUCCUGGCUCUCUACCGCUCUGGGUUAUUCCUAAUCCAUGCUGA